GUUCAGCAGGAACACCUCAAAGAUGAUGUCAUGGUCAUUCCACUCUGUCAGAUCAGGCAGGCAGUGCAUAUUUUUAGUGCCAGGCUUGACCAGAGCUUCAGUGAAGAUGUGUUCCAGUCCGUAAAGUCUUUAUUGCAGAGUGAGAAGGAACUAUGCAGUGUAUCAGCAGAGGACUGUUUAAAGCAGGAUGAACAUGCCAGUUUGACUGAGGUCACAUUUCUAGGUUUUAAUGAAGAAACAGAUGCUGCUCAUAUACAGGAUUUGGCUGCAGUUUCUUUGGAACUCCCAGAUCUUCUGAAUUCACUGCACUUCUGCAGUCUAAAUGAAAAUGAAAUUAUUUGUAUGAAGGAUAUAAAUAAAUCAUCAGAUAUAAACAAUGGUCCUCUAAACCAGAGUCAUCAUCCUGGAAUGCUUUGUGUCAUGAGAGUGUCAUCUACAUUACCAAGACUCAGAAUUGAUUUUAUCUUUAGUCUCCUAAGUAAAUAUGCUAUGGGUAUAAGGUACACCCUGGACACAUGUUUGCAUCAGAAGUGCCAACUUGAGGCCACUAAUGAAGAUGAUGACGAUACUAACCAGUCAGUAUCUUCCAUCGAAGAUGACUUUGUCACUGCCUUUGAGCACUUAGAGGAGGAAGAGACUUCAAAGCCAUAUAAUGAUGGAAUAAACAUUACUGCACUAAGGAGCCAGUGUGAUGCUGCUUCACAGACUAUUUCUGGUCACCGUUUAGAAACCCAUGAUUUCAGGGUUCUGGUUGGCUCUGGGUGGCAGAAGUCAUUGGCUAAACCUUCUGCUUCUUUAAUAAGUAUUCUGGGACAUAAAGAACUGCCUUCUGUGAAACCUUCAGUCACGACAUCAGUUUCUGAGCCUUGGGUCCAAAGGAGUUUCUAUAGGUCAUCUACUGCUUCAGAUAAAGAUAGUGAUGCUGAUGUGCAGAAACAGUUUUUCUCUUCUUCUCCUGCCUACUCGUCUGAAUCAGAAUGCUCAAGUCCAAGUCCUGUUAUUUUCUUGGAUGAAGAAGGAUAUCAAAAAAGUUUAAAAGCAAAACUUGAGUUACCUAAAAUUCCUGUGAUGAAAGAUGAUAUUGAGGAUUCAGACUCAGAAGUAAGUGAGUUUUUCGAUAGCUUUGAUCAGUUUGAUGAACUAGAACAGACUUUGGAGUCUGCUUGUCCAUUUCUAAAAGAUCCUGCCAUAGGGAAGCUGUCACAAAAAAAAGGGCACAAACAUGAAAAAUUGUGUUCUGUAACCACUACAAUGAAUCCUCAAAAAUUCAAGUUUGAUCGUCCAGCUCUCCCAGCUAAUGUUAGGAAGCCAACUCCUCGUAAACCAGAAUCCCCUUACAGUAACCUGUGUGAUGCUCCAGAUUCUCCCCGCCCAAUGAAGGCAUCAGGGGAAGACAGUGGUUUGUUUAGCCCUAUUCGAUCCUCUGCUUUUAGUCCUCUUGGAGGCUGUACUUCUGCUGAAUGUUUUUGCCAAACAGAUAUUGGUGAAGAUAGGAUUCAUGAAAAUCAUGAUUCUGUGUAUUAUACCUAUGAAGAUUACGCAGAUAGCCUUUCAUGUGAAGUACUGGGCUCGGUUCUUUAUACCCAACAUACAAAUGCAACAUCCAACAUUAAUGGUAUUAAAAAGGGAGAAAAUAAAAUGGUAGCUCUUAAGUGUGGAAGCCUUGAUCAAAAAAGUAAAUCUAAAAAUAAAUCCUCAAUGAUUAAAGAUAGCAUUCAGAAGUUUGCAGCAGAUCUUGUGGAGAAAAGUUUUGGCAGUGCAUUUAAAGACUUACAGAAAGGAGUCUUUUCAUGUACCAAUGCUUUGUGCCAAUUAGCCGUCAAAUUGACAUCAUCCGUUUUUCAGAUGGCAUUUAAUGAACUGAGAAGGCAGCGUGCGUUUUCAUUGAAAGAACGUGCCAUUAGUGGUCUGGCUAAUUUUUUGGUGAGUGAAGCUUUCGCAAAUGCUCUAAAAGAUUUACAGUAUGUAAAGAAGCAGAUCUUUACAAACACUGUUGCUAGGUUUGCUGCAGAUCUUGCUGAAGAACUUGUUUUUGAAGGCAUCAUGGAAGUGUGUCAGUUUUCGUAUCCUCCAACACCUGCAUCUCCACAGUGUCGGUCAUUUGACUAUGAAGACAAAGUAGUGAAGUCCUAUGCAAAAGAUUUGUCUGAAUCUGUAAUACAGGAAGCGUUCAUUGAGCUGUCUCAAGUUGACGUGACCUUCACAACAAAGGCAGCAGUUAGUGUUUCCACAGAUAACAUUAAGUAUGUGAGUGCAGAAAAUGUAGUGCCAUCGACACAGACGUCUACGUUUUCCCCUACUUUUAAUGGUCAAACAAUUAUGGUGACAAAACCAAUGCAGGAAUAUAAAAAGGAAUACACAGUACAACAGGCCUUGUUUUGUACUUCUGGAGUUGUUACUUCUAUACCAGUGCCCUUGGCAGGAAGUGCCCUUCUCCCAUAUCAUAUUUCAUCUAAUAUGUAUCAGGCAAAGUCUCAUCCAUCAUCUGAUGAUAGUAAUUUGAAUGGUGGUUCUACCCAAGCAGGGGUUGCCACAAAAAACAAAGAG